AUGAUGUCGACAGACUCGAUCCACAACGCCUUCCGUGGCAUCAACCUCAACGAUCCGCAGCAGGACCCUAGGAAGCAGCAGCUGCAGCAGCAACAGCAGUACUACCAACAGCAGCAGCAUCAUACCAACACCAGUCCGACACGCCAGACUCACGCCGCCUCCUUUCGCUCGCCGACCGUUCUGACUUCCGAUCUCCCCGGCCAACCUGGCUACAAUAGCUCCAGCGUUGGGGCCUCACACCCCGCCAAUGCUCAGGCCUCCGGCUCCUUUGGUCCAAGUGCCGCCUCCCGCUUCGAGCGCUUCUUUCCCUCUUCUCCCAAUGCCACCAGCUCCAAUCCUUCUUCCGCUGGUCAGACCUUCACCAGCUCCAUGGGUUCUGCCGCUGGUCAUGCUGCUAACAGCGCCUUUGGGAGCUUCGGCCACAACAUCGCUCCCGGCAGCGUAGGCAGCUCUGGAAUCGGCUCGGGUCACUUUGGCUCCAACAGCAACGGUGUCCGCAAGACCUCGAGCCGUGCUGCCAUCCCCUCGCAGUGGAGCACGCAGGACCCUUCCCUGCUCGGCUUAUCGUCCGGCACUUCACCUCCAAAGAACGCAGGCUCGCUUCAGUCCUAUCAGCAGGUAGACCCCACAGCUAGUGGCGGUGAUGACGAUGUCAUCCCUACUGCCAUCGUCGUCAAGAACAUUCCCUUUAGCGUCAAGCGCGAGCAGCUGCUUCAGAUCAUUGAAGAUCUCGGCAUUCCCAUGCCCUACGCUUUCAACUAUCACUUUGAUCAAGGCGUCUUCCGCGGCCUCGCUUUCGCCAACUUCCAAAGUGCAGAGGAAGCUGACGCUGUCGUCGCUGCUCUCAAUGGCUUCGAUGUCAGUGGACGCAAGCUCCGUGUCGAGUACAAGAAGGUGCUUCAGGCUGGCGAGAAGGAGCGCAUCGAGAAAGAAAAGGCCAUCAAGAGGAUGCAGAGCAUGCAGCUCGAGAAGGAGCGACGUCGUCAGAACGAUGAAUAUGGCGCCAACGCUUACCUCAUGCCCGGUUACAAUGGCAAUGGGCAGAUGUCCUCGGAUACUUAUGCCGCUGACCCCGCCGCGCAGCAGGGCAGCUUCAAUGGUGUUUCUGCUCCACUCACUGCCGACUCGCUCAGGAAGGUGCCCUCGUCACAGCGACUCGCCGUCGCCACUGCCGAGAGGACCGCCGGUCCAUUGUCGUCGUUCGUAAGCAACCCAGGCGCUAGCAGCGGCGGUAAGAAGGAAGAGCUCGAUCUCAACGAUGCAGCCUCACUCGAGAUCUAUUCUCGCGUUCUGCUGUUCAAGGACGACCGUAUGCGUGACGAGCUUUCCUUCUCUCGCAGCCUGACCCCUCUCGAGCGCCGCACCGUCCACUUGGUCGCACAAAGGCUUGGCCUCUUCCACUACUCAAUGGGUGAGGGCGAUGAGCGUUACGUGAUCGUCACUAAGAACGACGUCAGCCCGCAAUCUCGACCUCUUCGUAGCCAAGCCUCCACCAUUGGCCGCGGACAGCGAUCUCUUGGCAUUGACACUGCAGGGGCGAGUGGAUUCUUGGGCCCUGGCAGUGCUGCCACCACAGGUCGCACGGGACUCCGGCCCAAAAAGUCGGCUCCGGACAUGCUGCGGGAUCGUGACGGCUCUACCGGCUACAGCGCCUCGAACAAGUACCUCAACAACGGCAACCUCGCAGCGCGCAACUCCAACACCAACCUUCGCGAUGGCUAUGCGUCCACCUCGGGUCGUCGAUCCCAAAACAUGAGCAGCAACACUGGAGGUGCUGCAGGCCUCCAGAACCUCUUUGCCUCGCCGUUCGACGCCAACGCCAACGGCAACACAUCGCCAACUCACUCGAACCUCAUCCGUCAACCACGUGGACCGCCUACGCCUGGUAGCGAUCUGCGCAACUUUGCUGUUCGCUCGCGUGUCGCCACUUCGGGCAGUACCGGCCACAGCAGCGGUGCGGGCAGCAUGUCGCCCCCGCCACAGCUCCACGUGAACGGCAGCCCGACAAAGACGGACGGUGCAUUUGCCGAGGCCACUACGCAUGAUCCGCUGGAAUUUUAG